AGCACGCCACUGAAGUUUAGUCGUUGGGCACCAUGGAACGUUGGCGCAACAAAGUGGCGAUAGUGACUGGCGCCAGUGCUGGCAUUGGUGCGGCCUGUGUGCGCGCUUUGGUCGGUGCUGGUCUGGUAGUUGUCGGCCUGGCGCGUCGCCAGGAGCGAAUUGAGCAGCUGCGGGCAGGAUUACCCGAGGAGGAGCAGGAGCGUCUGCACGGGCUGAGGUGCGACGUUACGCAUGAGGAGCAGGUAAUGGCAGCAUUUGACUGGGCACAACGCCAGUUAGGUGGCGUAGACGUGCUGGUCAACAAUGCAGGCAUCAUUGCCACCGGAGAGCUAAGCGGUCAGUCCAACACUGCAGCUAUGCGCGAAACUAUAGAAACGAACGUCAUGGGCAGUGUUUACUGCAUCCGCGAGGCUUUUCAAUCGAUGAGACAGCGCGGGGCCGAGGGUCACGUGGUCAUCGUGAACAGCGUGGCGGGACAGCAUGUGCCCAACUUAGGUACUCAGCUCCCCUCACUCAAUAUUUAUCCGGCCAGUAAGUUUGCGCUCCGCGCCAUGAGCGAAAUAUAUCGUCAGGAGUUUCAACGCAGCAAAACCUGUGUCAGGGUUUCGACCAUCAGUCCUGGCAUUGUCGACACGGACAUCUUGCCCGAGCAGAUCCAGACGUGCAUCAAGCAAUACAUGCCUAUGCUACAGUCAGAAGAUGUAGCCGAUGCGGUGCUCUGGACCAUCGGUACUCCACCCAACGUACAGGUGCACAACAUCACCAUCAAGGCGCAGGGUGAAAAGUUCUAGGCGGAACGUUGUGAGCCGUGUCUAAAGCCGCGCCUCUACAUUUAUACCCAUUGCUCAGUCAGUCCGAUUUCAGCAUAUUUUAUCGGUUUCCAUUAUUUCGCUACUGUUUUUAUUCCGCUACAUCUGUCUCUCUUGCCCACAAAAUUCGGUUGCUCUAGCUCUCAUAGUCUCUGCGCACUUGCUUCGGUAGUGCUCCAACCCCCGCUCACUCGCAUCUCUCGUUCGCUAUUAGUCUAGACUCUAGAGUCUAGACUCCUAGAGCUUAGACGGCCCUGUUGCGCAAAGCUCCGAAGAUAAAAACCAACAUAUGUAUGAAGUAAGCAGAUCCGUCGAUCGUGGGAUCCCGGCCGUCUGCAACGGACACCACACACGAGGCGCAAGGUCAGCAUUAAUUUAUGCUGAUCGAAAGCAGAGGCAACCGAAAGUUUGUGUUGGAUAAGUUAGUCUUUUAGUGGUUCGCUGCUGAUUGGCAGCAACAUACAAAUCUGUUCUGCAGUGCAAUAUAAAUUAAUCAUUUAAAUAAAUUUAAUCAUUAUAUCAAAAUGAACUACUUAUUGCUGAAUA